GAUUUUGUGUGUGCUUGUGCUGUUCUUAGGCUUUUCAUUCAAAUAUUAUUAAACAAGGUCGAAAUUGUUGCCUAAAUAUUCUUGGCGAACUUGAACGAAUUUAAUUUGAUAUUAUUUAUCUCUCAUUUACACUUAAUGCAAUCUUUGCGUACCUAUAACUGUUCUUAAAUCUGUCAUUCGUAUCGUUCAUCAAUCUGUAUCUUGUGACAUAAAUCAAUAACUUGAACUAUGGAACCGCCUAAUACAGGGACCAGUUCACCAGGACUAAUAGGUGCAGCACCUAUUAUUCCUCCGACAAUGCUUGGAGGUCUUCCUCCUCCAAUGCCUCCAACAGUUGGCAUGCCUCCAGUGCCUGGAAUGCCCACCAACUUGGCUGGCAUGCCACCACCCAUGGGUUUUCCGACCAUGAUCCCACCAUUUUCGAUGCCACCUCCUGGAUUUCCAGCAUUUAAACCGGAUAUGAGUGCACCUGCUCCAGAUGUUGCUCCAAUGGCUAACCAAAGUAGUCCUUGGUCCGAGCAUAAAGCUCCAGAUGGAAGGACAUAUUACUACAACUCUGUUACUAAACAAAGUCUUUGGGAGAAACCAGACGAUUUGAAAACCCCUGCUGAAAAAUUGCUGUCAGCUUGUGUAUGGAAAGAAUACACUACAGAUGCUGGACGAGUGUAUUACCACAAUAUUGAAACAAAAGAAUCAAGUUGGAUUAUUCCUAAGGAACUUCAAGAGAUCAAAGAUAAAAUUGCUGCAGAGGAGGCUGCCCAGGCUGCACUAAGUGUAGAAAUGCCACCAGGAGAAGUGCCUUUGCCAUUAUCUCCAUCCAAUCAAACUGGAAGCUCAGCCUUAGAUGAAGCAAUGGCCAAGACUCUUGCAGCCAUUGAUCCAUCUCUUGCUAACUCUAUACCAAUACCAGAAGAAAGCAAACCUGAAGAAAUUGCGCCACCGCAAGGUAAUAGCAAUGAGAAUACUGAAACUCCACCAGAACUACAAUACAAGGACAAAAAGGAAGCCAUUGAAGCUUUCAAAGAACUAUUAAAAGAUAGGAAUGUACCAUCAAAUGCUACGUGGGAGCAGUGUGUCAAGAUAAUUUCUAAAGAUCCCCGUUAUCUUACAUUUAAAAAGCUUAAUGAGAAGAAACAAGCUUUCAACGCAUAUAAGACUCAAAAACUUAAGGACGAGAGGGAGGAGCAAAGAUUGAAAACCAAGAAAAAUAGGGAAAACUUGGAAGAAUUUUUGCUAAGCUGCGACCGUGUAACAUCACUGACAAAGUAUUACAAAUGUGAGGAAAUGUUCAGCAAUCUUGAGAUCUGGCGAUGUGUUCCUGAAUCCGACCGGAGAGAUAUAUUUGAAGAUUGUAUUUUUACAAUAACAAAGCGCGAGAAAGAAGAAGCUAAGUUACUAAAGAAACUCAACAUGAAGUUGCUUGCACAGGUUUUGGACAACAUGAGUGAGAUAACCUACAGUAGCACUUGGAGUGAAGCACAGGUGCUUUUGUUAGAGAACUCUUCUUUCAAAAAUGAUGUGAGCUUGCUGGGAAUGGAUAAAGAAGAUGCACUGAUCGUAUUCGAGCAGCAUAUUAGAAACUUGGAGGCUGAGUAUUUGCAAGAACGAGAACAAAUUAAAAAACGGAAUAAGAGACAGCAAAGGAAAAACCGAGAUAAUUUUUUGGUUUUGCUCGACACUUUGCAUGAGGAAGGUAAGCUCACAUCUAUGUCUUUGUGGGUGGAGCUGUAUCCAGUCAUCUCGGCCGAUAUGCGUUUUUCAGCUAUGCUCGGCCAAAGUGGAUCUACGCCUCUGGAUUUAUUUAAAUUUUACGUAGAAAAUCUGAAAGCAAGAUUCCAUGAUGAGAAGAAGGUUAUAAAAGAGAUAUUGAAAGAAAAAAGUUUUGAGGUGAAGCCCGAUACUACAUUUGAAGAAUUUGCGACAGUCGUCUGCGAAGAUAGCAAGUCGGCGUCUUUGGAUGCGGGCAAUGUUAAGCUCACUUAUAAUUCAUUGCUUGAAAAGGCUGAGGCAAGGAAUAAAGAGAAGAUAAAAGAAGAGUCUAAGGCCCUGAAGAAAGUGGAGAGUGCAUUUAAAUGGGCUCUCAGUGAAGCGAACGUCGACCACCAGCUGCCGUGGAACGAAGUCAAGGAGAAGCUUGACCUCAACGCGCCCGAGUUCGCCGCUGUGCCUUACGAGGAGGACAGAAUUAGAAUUUAUAAGGACUUCCAACAUGAACAAGAAGAGAGCUGCAUGCACUACCACCAUCCCAAAUCCAGAAAAGCUAAGCGCUCCAAGAAAAAGAAGCGAUCACACUCGGCUUCAUUGUCGAGGUCGCGAUCUCCAUCGCCCGUGCCCACAGCGCGCUCGCCGUCGCCUGCGCCCAGCCACGCCACGUGGACCUCCGAUGAAGGCAAGAAACACAAGAAAUCCAAGAAAAAGCAUCGAAAACAUUCACCAAUACCGAAAUCCCCAACGCCAGAGGAAGGCGGUAUAACGGACGACGAGGUAGUGCGUCACAAGAGUAAGAAGUCAAAGCGUAGCGCUCCGAGCAGCCCGGAGGAGAGUGAAACACAUGAACUGCCGCACAAGCCCAAGAAGAAGAAAGACAAGAAGGACAAGAAAGAACGAUCGGCGGCGUGGAGCGACGCGGAGCUGGAGUCGCGGCGCGCGGCGCUGCUGGCGCAGCUGCACGAGCACGAGGCGGACUGACGUCGCGUCACGCACAUCCACAUCUUCAACGACUACCCCAAGCCGCGCGCCGCGCCGCCCGACCGCGCCGCCGACCUCGACACGCGCUCCAACUCCGACCACUCGCUCACAUAAUCCCAUUCCUGCAGUGGCUUCCCAAACCACAACACCGCUUGUCGACCGUCGUAAUCGCGAGCUCACAUCGCUGAAGUACCCAUAGUGCAUUUGUGUGGACUAAAUCGAUGGCUAUGUGCAUUACAGUCGCCAUCAAUGACAUCCAUGUUAAUGUUUACAAUAGACUGACUGGCCAUAACAGUAGCGUUAUGUUUGGACAUUUCAUAUUUCGCGUAUACUGUGUGUUAAUUUUAAGCUUGAGAAUUUUAAAACUGUGUAGUGUUUUCAACAAGAAAUAUUGAUAAAUCAGCGACUUAAUAUUAUUAAACAGUGAAUAACUUUUAAGUGACGUGAAGAUGCAGUUCAGCUAUGUAAUGUAAUUGUAUGUUAUUAUGUACUUUAUAAUAACUUAGCAAGGUGAUUUACAAAAACUUUUUUUAUCGUUUGCAAAAUUUAUUGUAAAUGUAUCAUAUAAUAAAGUUAAUGCUAAGUACGGCGAAAUAGCAAUGUCAAGGAAAACUGCCUCUAGCUGUCUGGAGACUUUAAUAUUUUGUAAAUGAUUGUUCAGAAAUGUUUUAAAUAAGUACCAAAUCAUAACUAUGUUAUUGUGCUCGCAUUAUUUAAAUUUUUCAGUUAGUAAUAAUAAGGUCUGAGGUGGCGAGGUGCUGUUGCGCCUCCAGGUAUAUAACUACUUUCAGGUAAACAGUAAUAAUAGUAUAUAAGGCUGCAUUCGAAUAUAGACGUUUUACAUAGA